AUGGUUGGAUCCCUAGACUCUAAAGAUGAUGAUGAGAAUGAUAACGAGGAUGAAGAUGAACGAUUGAAAAACUCAAUGUGGCUGGAGACGUUCUUACUCACAGGAUCGGAGCAUGGGAUAUUUUAUCUUGACAGUCAUAAUCAAGCGUCCUUUCAACACACUGAUGAUCUUCCUUCUGCUCCCACUGAACAUUUGUUUCAUCUUCGCUUCGAAGGACUUGGUCAUUGUGAACUAAAAAUACGAUAUCGCGUGAUGAUAUCUCUGGUGCUUAGUAGAACACUAGAUGAACUUAAAACUAAUCAAUUCAGAUGGGACAAGCCUAAGAUCUUGAAAAAAGCUGACAAGUUUUACAAUGGUUCUUCUGAUGACUCUAAAGAAGUUUAG